GCAGAGGCUGCCCCACAGCAAGCAGCGAUGGACACGGCGCCCUGCAAGUGCUUCGCGGACCGCACCGUGCGCGCCUGCCUCGAAAGAUGGGGGUUAUAUGAUGAAAUAAAAGCGGUGCGUGUCCGCUAUGACAGGAAGGGCAAAGAAGAGGAACUCGUAAAGGGCAUUCUGACAGACGAGGUGCGGACGGCGCUGGGCAUGCCUGCGGUCGCAGAGGACGACGCAGCGGUACGCGUGGAGCGGUUGAAAUGCGAGGCGACGUCGCUCGCCAUCUUCGACCCGAUCGCUGCAUCGCAGGACGUCAUUCUAGGAUCGGGCCGGGCGAAGCAGUGCCCCCAGGUUGUGAUUGGUGGUGUCGAGUGCGACAACGCGUUGCGGACGUGGCUGGCGCGCAAAAAGUAUGAUAGGGACGUCGCCGCGGGCGCGCGGGAUGGGGAGGAGGAGGACGACGAGGAGCGCCCCUCCGUAGCCUUGGAGGAUGACAACGAGUUGCUCUACCGGUUGUUCGAGCUACUUUGUUUAGGAGGUCCGCUGGCCCAACCGGAUCUGGAGCUGGCGCCCUACCUCGCGACGACCAAAGCUUUGUAUAGAGAUUGUGUCCAGGUCUACAAACGAAGCUCGGACGGCGCGACUUGCCUUGCGAACGAGGUCUACGAGGUGGCGGGGCCCCUCGUUUUUGGUUCUGGAGAGCAACGGCCCCUCGCGCGGUGCUUUGUUAUUACAGAACCCAAACGGGCCAAGGCGCUCGUGCUGUUCUCACCGGCGCGGGGGAUGUGGUAAUAGGCUUCUUCGCUGCUCCCCACGCCAUCGACGCGAC